AUGCAAUUCAAGAUCUCCAUCGCCGUCUUCCUGACCACCCUCCUCGCCAGCCACGUCGCCGCUGCGCCCACCGCCUCACCCGCCGGCGCUGGCGCGUGCCAUCCCGGCAAGAUCUGGGCGCACCCCCACGACUGCCACAAGUACCUCCAGUGCGGGCCGGACGGGAGGAAGAUCGAGUCGGCUUGUGGGCCUGGCACGGGGUUUAACUCCAAGACCAAUUCCUGUCAAACCCAGGCGGAUUCUAGCGAAGGGUUGGCAUCUAGCAGUUUUGAUCAAAUGAUCAAAUAUAUUGAAGCCCUUGAUGGUUCUUAUGACUACGAAGAGAUUGCGAAUAGAUACACUAUUGGGUCUUAUAUUAUGUGAAUCCAUGAGAAUAAUAAAGUCGACACUACUGUCUAGAUGAGAGAAGAAGCGGUAGGGGAUACAAUUGGACGAAAUGUGUAUACCGAUAGACACUCUGAGCCCUGCAUUGAGUCAAGCACAGGCAAAGUUCUUGCAUACGUCUGGUUAUGUCUUCGAUCGACUGACAGGUGGGUCCAAAGUCAAAUCUUAUGCUGAAAGUUGUUUGGCUUCAGGGAAUGCCAGGUACGGAGUACGGAUACUCAGGUACGAGAUAUUUCUUUUUC